AUGGCAUAUCAAAACUCAAUUACCUUGAAAGUUUCAGUAUUGUUAAUAGUUUUACUAGGAGCCGAGGCUAGGGAUUUCUCUUUUUUUUCUCACAAAACCGUUAUAAUUAGGAAUGAUAUUUCCCCACAUCCAACCGCUUUAGAUCUCAUUGUUCAUUGCAAAUCAAAAAAUGAUGAUCUUGGAUUUCACACACUUGCAUUUGGAGGAACUUACUCGUUUCAGUUUAGACCAUUAUUUUUUCCAAAAUUAGGUCAAACUUUAUUCUUUUGUAGCUUUACAUGGAAAGGAAACCCCAAUCCUCACUAUCUUAACGUUUACAAUCAAGCUGUGGAUGACUGCAAAGUUUGCAGUUGGAAAAUAAAUACAACUGGUGGUUGUAACGAUUUUAAAGGAUAUGAGGAAUGUCGAAAAUGGAAGGCGGCAUUUAACUAG